AUCCUAAUUCCUGUUAGUUACAAAAAUGGUUUUGUUGCAAAUAUCUUGUAUUUUAUCAAUCUUACCUUUUUUUGGUAUGUUAUUAGGUACUCAACAUUAUUCUGUAAUAUUUAGCUAUUUACUCAAUAUUUAAUUAUUUCAGUAAACCUCAGCUUUAUGAAAGAAGAAACUGAUUCGAUUACGAAACAAAAAAUUCAUAAUAUAACUGACAAAAUUGAUAAAAUAGCCCGUGAUAUUCAGACACAUUCGUCUGACGAUGAAAAAUAUCAACUUCUAAGGAAUAUGGAAAAAAAGUUACAAAAAGCUGCACAACACUUAGGCAGCAAAGGUAAAAACCACGUCGAAUUGAUUAUGCAAGGAAUUAAAUUAAAAACCUUUGACAGUUUAAGAGAAACCACAACCAAUAAUUAUGAAAGGACAUUAAAUAAAGAAAAAAUCUUAAGCAUAAGUAAACUUGUAAAUACAAAAAAUAUAGACAUAUUAGCGACCAAAAUUAAUUUACUUAUUGAAAAUGAGUUAGAGGGGCUGAAAACAGCACAUAAUAAACAUACACUUUUGGAAGACAUCAAAGAAAGAGUGCUUGAAACUGUUAAUGAGAAACAGAAAGGAAUUCGAGAAAGUAAUAAUGAUCACAGAAUUGAUUCAAAUCUUACAAGACGCGUAGAUCUAAGAGGAAGCGGUGAAGCUGAAGUUAAAAGUUAUUCCAAUGGCGAAAAAAAAGAUAUUGCUCAUGCGAUACAUGACAAUUUACGAGAAGACGGUAAUACUUUUUUCAAAAGUGUAACAACUUCGCCAAUGUGUCAAGAUAUAUCUGACCGUACUUGUUUACAAAUAAAAAGUAUGAGUAGUUUGAAAUGUCUUUACGAUGAUAUAAUUGUGCCUCUUCAUAAACUAUGCAACGGCAUAUAUGAUUGUCCAGAUAGUUCAGAUGAAAAAUAUUGUGGCUCACAAGCAAUGGAAAGAAUGCAAUACUCUGAUCGCGUAGUAACGAAUAUCAAGUCCAAUCUCGGAAACAAUAACUGUUUUGAAAUGUAUGACAGCAAAACUAUUUUGUCUAAAAGAAGUCAAAUAAUUAAAAAUGUAUUGAAAAUGCAAGAAGAAUUUAGAGAAAAAUAUAAAAAAUCCUUUCAUAAUGAUAAUUUGAUUCUGAAAAAGGAUCCUAAUGAAGAAAACGUAAGAGUUAAAUCGAAUGAAAUUGCUGUAACAAUAAGUUCUUUUGCACUAGCUCUGGAGAGCGCGUUAUGUUCGUUCAAAUCUGACGAAUAUCAAACACGAAGAAAAACUGAUAUCUUGGACAACAAUAUAGGUCAAUAUAUGCCGAAAAGACCUUCUUGGCCACCAAAAGGAUGUAAAUGUAACACAGAAGAAUGUACUAACUGUACAAAUGCCUGCAAACGUAUUUGUUCGCAGCAAAAUAGUCUCACAUCAUGGAAUUGUGUGUCAAUACACGGCACUGACAAAGUAUCCUUAAACACGUUAUGUGACGGCAAAUUAGAUUGUUUGGAUGAAAGCGAUGAGAACGAUUGUAUGAAAGGUACUGGUUACAAGAAAUUUGAGGCACACGAAAUAUAUAGCAAUGUUCUCAAGAUGCUAAAAUUAAAAUCUUCAAAAGAAAGCCUACCAACGCAAAAGAAAUUGUUAGAUCUUUGGAAUCUAAUCUCCAAGUUACAGCAACUCACUACAAAGUAUAUACCUGAUACUACAGCGAUAAAAAAACUUAGGAAUAAAUGCUAUUCCUCAUUAAAGACAAUAUAUUCAGAUAUAUUGCUCGAAUCGUACGCUGCUAAUGAAGUAGAAGAGGCCUAUUUAUUUUUAAUGUCUGUUAACGAAAAUUUAGGGGCUGCAUUAAAACGAUCCAAUACAGGAAACAGUAAAAUUAUAGCUGAUGGAUGCCAUUGUAGGAACGGACUAUGUGCUUCAACAAUGUGUUCUAAAAUAUGUAUUAAAGCGUGUACAGUUGAACCUAAAUUAACGCGAUUUUAUUGUGACGAAAACUAUACUGCGACAACAUCUAUAGAUGACAUUUGUGAUAACAAAACGGAUUGUCGUAAUGGCUUUGAUGAAUUUAAUUGCAAAAAAGAUGAGAUUUGUCGUCGUCACCAUCUCAUACUUCUACGUCAUAGCUUACGAGGAAUCGGCGAAAAUCUUAAAGGAACCGCCUUAGGAGAGCUGCUAAUUUCUUGGAAAACGAAGGUUAUAUCGACCAUAAAAGUUGUUGAAAAAAAUAGAAGACCGAGACCGAGAGUUUUAAAGAACACCGUGAAAGAUAUUCUUAGAGAUUUACUUGUAGCCUACGGUACUCUUGAGGAAUAUCGAAGAAGCAAUACCGAUUAUGCUUUGCCGGAGUUCUUGCUCAUUGCUCAAAUUGUAAUGGAAUCUCUGAAAUCUUGUGGCAAAUAAUUAAUGUUAACUUGGACUAUUA